AUGCCUGCGAUAGCAGUCGAUGUUAAUGAGCCGAUUACUGGUGAAAAAACUGCAAAAGUUCGCAAUUUCAACACAAAUCCUCGUUUAUCUUAUAAAACGGUGACUGGUGUCAACGGUCCUUUGGUGAUUCUUGGUGAUGUUAAAUUUCCUCAAUAUGCCGAAAUUGUUCAUUUGACUCUUCCGGAUGGAACGAAAAGAUCAGGUCAAGUACUUGAAAUAACACGCAAUAAGGCUGUUGUACAGGUAUUCGAAGGAACUUCUGGUAUUGAUGCCAAAAAUACAAUAUGUGAAUUUACGGGCGAUAUUUUGCGAACUCCAGUCUCGGAGGACAUGUUAGGGCGCAUUUUCAAUGGCUCUGGCAAACCAAUCGAUAAGGGGCCACCAGUGUUGGCAGAGGAUUUCUUGGAUAUCACAGGACAACCUAUUAAUCCAUAUUCUCGUAUUUAUCCGGAGGAAAUGAUUCAAACUGGGAUUUCUGCAAUUGAUGUUAUGAAUUCGAUUGCUCGAGGGCAGAAAAUUCCGAUCUUUUCAGCAGCUGGUUUACCACAUAAUGAAAUUGCUGCACAAAUCGUACGACAAGGUGGGCUUGUCUCAUUACCAGAUCGACCACAUGGAGAACAAGAUAAUUUUGCUAUUGUUUUUGCUGCUAUGGGAGUCAAUAUGGAAACUGCCCGUUUUUUCAAGCAAGACUUCGAAGAAAAUGGCUCCAUGGAGAAUGUUUGCCUGUUCUUGAAUCUGGCAAAUGAUCCAACUAUUGAACGUAUUAUCACACCUCGACUAGCCCUUACAGCGGCAGAAUUUUUGGCUUAUCAAUGCGAAAAACAUGUGUUGGUUGUUUUAACAGAUAUGUCUUCAUAUGCUGAAGCGCUUCGAGAAGUUUCAGCGGCUCGUGAGGAGGUACCUGGGCGACGUGGUUUUCCAGGUUACAUGUAUACUGACUUGGCAACAAUUUAUGAGCGAGCGGGACGAGUUGAGGGUCGCGUUGGAUCAAUUACUCAGAUUCCUAUUUUAUCUAUGCCAAACGAUGAUAUUACUCAUCCUAUUCCGGAUUUAACUGGUUAUAUUACGGAAGGUCAGAUUUAUGUUGAUCGGCAACUUCAUAAUCGACAGAUCUAUCCACCUAUAAAUGUACUUCCAUCUCUAUCGCGUUUAAUGAAAUCAGCAAUCGGUAAGGGAAUGACGCGAGAAGAUCAUGCAGAUGUGUCUAAUCAACUUUAUGCAUGUUAUGCCAUUGGAAAGGAUGUUCAAGCAAUGAAGGCUGUCGUUGGUGAAGAAGCGCUUUCGUCAGAAGAUAUUCAAUAUUUAGAAUUUCUUACGAAAUUCGAGAAAACAUUUAUUUCUCAAGGCAAUUAUGAAAAUCGAACGGUUUUCGAGUCAUUGGAUAUCGGUUGGCAGCUUCUACGAAUUUUCCCUCGUGAAAUGCUGAAGCGAAUACCAGAUUCUAUUUUCGAAAGAUUCCAUCCGAAAGUUAAGAAAGCAAAAGAAAGUGAAAAAGUUGUUAACUGA